AUGAUUGUCCCCACCGUUCACUGCUUCACAUUUCUCCUCGGCGCCCUCGGCUUCCUGUCUACCGGCGUCGAAGCCUGGGGGGCCUUUGGUCACGAGACAGUUGCCUACAUAGCCACUAACUUCGUAGCCGCUUCUACCAAGACAUACUUCCAGACCCUCCUGGGUGAUACGUCUGCAGACUAUCUGGCGACAGUUUCCACUUGGGCCGACUCGUACCGCAGCACAACAGCGGGCAAGUUCUCCGCGCCGUUCCAUUAUAUUGAUGCUCAGGACAACCCGCCAAGCUCAUGCGGUGUGAAUUACAACCGGGAUUGUGGGAGUGGAGGAUGUGUUGUCAGCGCAAUCAGCAAUUAUACUAGUAUACUGCUCAAUACUGGUCUGAGCAAGGCUGAAAGACAGGUUGCGGCAAAGUUCAUCGGCGACAUUGGCCAGCCCCUCCACUGCGAGAAUCUCGACGUCGGAGGCAAUAAUAUCGACGUGACCUAUGACGGAGACAGCACCAACCUGCACGCGAUAUGGGACACGCAGAUUCCUGAAUCUGUUGCUGGCAGCUCGUCUCUCAGCGGGGCGAAGACCUGGGCAAGCUCGCUCACAACAGCUAUCCAGACAGGCACGUACAAGUCCAGCGCGGCCGGCUGGGUGAGCGGCUUGAACGUCCAAGACGCGGUCAGCAGCUCCUUGAAGUGGGCCACUGAGAGCAAUGCUGCGGUGUGCAGUACAGUAUUGGCCAAGGGGAUCUCGUACGUCGAGAGUAACGACCUCAGUGGCGCGUAUACGACGACGGCGAGCCCGGUGGUCAAGCUGCAAAUCGCCAAGCAGGGUUACAGGCUUGCGAAGUGGCUGGAUGCGAUUGUGGCAGCCAUCUGA